AUGAGCGGCAAAGAUGCUGCUCCUAAGAGCUCCGUUGCAGCAGAGGCAAAGGUGGACUUUGCCCCACAGACCAGCAAGGUAGAGGACUUCCAGUACUAUCCUGAUAAGCCUCUGGACAAAUUGCACAGCAAGUCAUUUUUCGUGAAAGAACCAUCGCGUUACUACGAUCCAUGCGCAGAAUCUUCCAAGAUGGCCGUGAGAUGCAUGGAGAGCCAUGAGGAUGACUACCGCGAAGUAUGUGCGGAAUACUUCAAGGCUUAUCGAGAGUGCAAGAAGGAGUGGAUGUUGAAGAGGCGAGAGGGAACGUGGUAG